AUAAACCACAACGCUCAAGCCUUAGUUUGGUGCGUACUCUCGCACAUUUAUCUUCCAUCCAACGAAGUAUUUCCACCGGUUUUUGCUAAUUUAUGAAUUCUUGUGGUCUUUUUCGCGUUUCUACGUUUAUUAAAAGUUGGGUUUUACCGGAAAUUUCAACGCGGCGGUCAAGCAGUAAUUUUGCAAAAAUGAGUGUGCUUACGACUACUUUAAACAACGGAUUGAAAAUGCCAAUGAUAGGGUAUGGAACCUGGCAAGCAAAAGACGAAGAACUGGAGCAAGCCUUCGAAGCCGCCCUGGAAGCCGGAUACCGCCAUAUCGACACAGCUCACGUCUAUGAAAAUGAAAAAGUUAUCGGCAAAGUUCUAAACCGGUGGCUCUCCUCGGGCAAACUAACCCGCAAAGACAUCUUCCUCGUCACCAAACUGCCCCCUGGGGGAAACCGCCCGGAGGCCGUCUCCAAGUACAUCAAACGCUCGCUCGACCUGCUCCAAGUCCAAUAUCUGGAUUUGUUCUUGAUCCACGUCCCGUUUGCGUUCAAGGACGUCGAGGGGGACCUGCAUCCCAUGACUCCAGAUGGGCGCAUCGACAUUGACCCCAGCACCGACCACGUGGCCUUAUGGAAGGCGAUGGAAGCGCAACUCGACGCAGGACUCACAAAAUCCAUCGGCCUUUCAAACUUCAACCAGAAGCAGAUUGAGAGAGUUUUGCAAAACUGUCGCAUUCCGCCUUCCAAUCUCCAGGUGGAACUUCACGCGUAUUUGCAGCAGAAAGAGUUGGUCGAGUUUUGCAAAACGAACAAAAUCGUUGUGACGGCUUACUCACCUUUGGGGUCUCCCGGAUUGGCGAAAUUUAUGGCCCAAUUUGGACAAAAGAUUGAUUUGCCGGAUAUUUUGAAUAAUCCGGUAGUUAAAGCAAUUGCAGCCAAACACAAGAGGAGCGAAGCCCAGAUCGUGCUGCGCCAUGCAGUCCAGAAGGGGAUCGUGGUGAUUCCCAAAAGCACCAACCCGAAGCGGCUGCGGGAAAACAUCGACAUUUUCGGGUUCGAGCUGGAUCAGGGGGACAUGAGUCAGUUGAAUGGUCUGGACCAGGGGAUCAGGAUUUUGAAUUUUGCCGCCUUUAAGGGGAUUGAGGAGCACCCAGAGUACCCGUUUAAAUAAAAGAGGCACGAGUUUGUAAAAAAUUUAUUGUAUUCUUGUAAGGAUAUGACGUACAGAUAGAACACGAAAUAAUUCUUCGUUGUAGUUUGGUGUUUAUAAGUAAACUAUGUCUUAAUAAA